AUGAGCUCGUCCAAGGAAGAAGGGGGUGCAGUUCCCGCUGCUGCUAAGAGCUCCUGGGGCCCAUUCCUGAAGUCCAUCGCGUCAUUCACUGGGGAUCUAGCGAGUCUAACAGCUCCACCAUUUAUAUUGAGCUCUACCAGUUUAACUGAGUAUUCGGGUUAUUGGGCUGAACAUCCUGAGAUAUUUGUUGCGCCAGCUCAAGAGAAAGACCCGCAGAAGAGAGCUCUUUUGGUGCUCAAGUGGUUCCUGACCACACUCAAGCAGCAGUAUAGCUCAAGAAACGAGAAGCUCGGUUCGGAGAAGAAGCCACUCAACCCCUUUCUGGGGGAACUGUUCCUCGGAAAAUGGGAAGAUCCCACCGGAAAAAUUGGAGAGACUCAAUUGAUAUCCGAGCAAGUUAGCCACCAUCCUCCUGUUACUGCCUAUGCCAUCUUGAACCAGAAACAAGGCGUCAAGCUUGAAGGCUACAACGGCCAGAAGGCUUCUUUCUCGAGAGGUACCAUUUCAGUAAGGCAGGUUGGGCACGCCAAGUAUCACUUGAAGAAAUUUGAUGAGGACUAUCUGAUUACCCUUCCUUCUCUACAUAUUGAAGGGAUUGUAUACGGAUCUCCAUAUGUUGAGCUGAACAGGAGCAGCACAAUCCACUCCUCUACUGGAUAUGUCGCCCAAAUCGAUUACAGCGGAAAGGGGUGGGUCACCGGAAAAAAAAACACCUUUUCCGCAACCUUGAGGAAAGAAGGUAGCAAGGACAUCCUUUAUACGAUCGAUGGGCAAUGGUCUGAUGGCUUCGUCAUUAAAGAAGGAAAAACAAAGGAGCUGGAAACUUACAACGCAAAAACUACCGAGAUCACACCUCUUUAUAUCGCGCCAAACAAGGAACAAGAUCCUCUCGAGUCUCGUCGUGCAUGGGCUAAGGUUCAGGAAUCAAUUAAUACGGGAGACCUAGAGACUACCGGUAUUGAAAAGUCCAAGAUUGAGAACGAGCAGCGUGAGUUGAGGAAGAAGGAGAAGGAAGAAGGUAGGGAAUGGGAGAGGAGGUAUUUCACCAGAGUUAUGGACGACCCCGUAUUCACAAGGUUGGCCGAAAGCCCUGGUAUUGCCGCAGAGGAAGGAAAGACAGAUGGUAUCUGGAUCUUCGACGAGAAGAAGUUUGCCCAAGUAGCCGAGAAGACAAGAGUUGUAGAGGAGGCAAAGGCUGAAGAGGUGGUCACCACUGCCGCUUAGGCAAACAUAAAGUAGACUUAUUUGCAACACGGAUGCUCUGAGGCUCUUGCUCCCUAAAUGUCAGGGUAUGGAAUUCUUUUCCUGGUUUAUCUCUGAGCUGCACUGUACAUGACCUACAGAGAUGGGAGCAAAAAUGCAGCGAGAGUCUUUAAUUGUAUCUUUAUCACCUGGAAUUCUUUCUACAUUUCAGCUGUCUUCAUUAAAUUUCUUUACUUUCUUUACCACUCCCUCAAGUGAGCAAUAUACAAAUAUCUGGAGCAGGAAAA